GACAUUUAACGCGUGAACACCUCAUGUUUGACCUUCUACAUCCUGUCGCGGUUGUGUGUAUGUUUUUUCCUACUGCACAUGGCCAAAACCUAACAAACUGAGUCGAACUGAACUGGAUUAAUUCUCCUCUCUGAUCACGGACAUGUCCUUGAUGCAGCUUUGGGCUCGGCCGGCUCUGUUCUCACGGUGUGCUCGUCAUGUGGCCGCCCAGAGCGGCUGCCUCACACCGCCCUCCGUCCCCGCACACACUCCCUGGCUGGUCCAGGCCUCGCUGCUCCACACACACCCCCCUCAGCUGAACUCCAACAGGACGUCGGUGGUCCGCUGCGGCCGGCAGAAGUACGAGAGGCUGUACCCCGUCCUGCUGGUGCGCUCCGACGGCUCCACGCUCACCAUCAGAUACAGAGAGCCAAGACGCAUCCUCAUGAUGCCAGUAGAUCUGUCCACCCUGUCUGAGGAGGAGCGCCGCGCUCGACAGAAGAAGAGAGAAGUGAAGAAGACUUGGAGAGAGACGGCAGUCCAGUAUGAAGAUGACUUUAAGGCAGACGACUACAGCCGCUUCUGGAAGCAGAAAUAACACGUUUCAGAUUUGUCAUAUAUGUGUGGAAUGUGUGGUGUUUGUUGUCUAGACCAGACCAGCCUGAUUUACAUAUGGCUGUGUUAAAGAAGCACAGAGGACUGAACACACAAUCUGUACCGUCUGCCUCUGCCAGGGCUCCAUUUGAGAUUGUCCUCAGAAUGCCAUCAACAUUUAGAUCCCAGGACACAAACUGUCAAACUAAUGAAGUUGUAUAACGCCCACCCCACCUGUUGAAUAGCAAGGGACACUCUGGGAUACCUGUGUGAAACCAGUACAGCGAGAUUGUUUGGAAGAAGAAAUCAGCAUGGACACUGUCAACUCUAGUAUCUGAAUUAUACCCGGUGUAUAAGGUUGAUUUCUUCAUCUGUAAAUAUCAUCAUGCAAACUGGUGUUUUGCCCUGGGAGAAGAGCUAACAUGGCUGGCAUCUGAAAGGACUUUUUCCUUCAAGAGCUGCAUCAAGCAGUUCAUCAUGUGGCGUUUCAAUAAAAGGUCUGGUCGGCCAACAAGGAGCAGAGGCUCAC